GUGCGCUGUCACUGAGUCAUGUCGCUGCGUCCCCGUUUGGUCAUUUUGGCGUCACAACUCGGCCUGCAUUUCACAUGCGAGGGCCGAGUCAAUUCCCCGCAGAUUGCGCCCUCCGAGUUCGUGCCGCGUGUGAGGUGUGGGCCUGUCCUCCGAGUGGAUAUCGACGAACCCACGGGUUUCGAAAAAAAAAAUGGUAAUAUGCAUGCGCCUCAAAUGCUCAUGAUCCCAGUCCGUCGCUAUGCAUAUGGUGUUGAAUCAAAUAAAAAUCAAAGGUGCU